AUGGAGACCCGGGCGCUGCUCCUGCCCUUGCUGCUGCUGCUGGCGCUGGCUCCGGCUCCGGCGCUGGCCCUGGAGUGCCCGGCCCGCUGCGACGUGUCCCGCUGCCCCAGAUCGCGCUGCCCGGGCGGCUACACCCCGGACCCCUGCAAGUGCUGUCUGGUGUGCGCGGCGCAGGAGGGGGAGCCCUGCGGCCGGCCCUCGGACUCGCCGUGCGGAGAGAGCCUGGAGUGCCGGCGGGGCUCGUGCCGCUGCCGCUGGGCGCAGCCCGUGUGCGGGAACGACGGGUCCACCUACGCCACCCUCUGCGCGCUGCUGGCCGCCAACCGCCGGGCCAUCGCCCAGUCGCUCUUGCCCGUGCGCCAGCUGCACAAGGGCGCCUGCGAGCCGCCGGGUGGCAUCUUCCCCUCCAGCCCACGCUCCAAGUUCAACUUCAUCGCUGAUGUGGUGGACAAUAUUGCACCGGCCGUAGUACAUGUGGAUCUGUUCGUGAGACACCCGCUAUAUGGCCGCAACGUGCCCAUGACCAGUGGCUCUGGCUUCCUGGUGUCCGACAAUGGGCUCAUUGUCACUAACGCGCACGUGGUCAGCAAGUCAAGCCACCAGCAGGUGAAGGUGCAGCUGCAGAGCGGGGACACGUACGAGGCCACUGUGCAGGACAUGGAUGAGAAGGCAGACAUCGCCACCCUCAGGAUCUACCCCAGUAAAAAGCUCCCAGCGCUGGUUCUGGGUAGCUCGGCCGACCUGCGCCCCGGGGAAUUUGUGGUGGCCAUCGGCAGCCCCUUCGCGCUGCAGAACUCAGUGACCACCGGCAUCGUGAGCACCAACCAGCGUGAUGGCCGCGAGCUGGGCCUGUAUGACUCGGACAUGGACUAUAUCCAGACGGACGCCAUCAUCAACUACGGGAACUCAGGGGGUCCACUGGUGAACCUGGACAGUGAGGUCAUCGGCAUCAACACGCUCAAGGUGGCAGCCGGCAUCUCCUUUGCCAUCCCCUCUGAUCGCAUCCAGCUCUUCCUGGCCCAGGCCCAGAACAAACAGGUCAAAGACUGGAAGAAGCGCUUCAUCGGCAUCCGAAUGCGAACCAUAACCCCAAGCUUGGUGGAGGAACUCAGGAACCAUAACCCCGACUUCCCUGCUGUCAGCCACGGCAUCUAUGUCCAGGAGGUGGCUCCAGACUCCCCAUCGGACAGGGCAGGCAUCCAGGACGGAGACCUGAUUGUCAAAGUGAACGGGCGUGCGCUGGGAGACUCGAGUGAGCUGCAGGAGGCCGUGCUGAAUGAGGAGCGGCUGCUCUUGGAGGUGCGACGCGGCAACGAGGACCUGCUCUUCAGCAUCGCGCCCGACGUGGUCCUGUGACCCCUCUGGGGC